AUGGUAAAUCAAACACUGACAACAAUUGCUGCUAGUGGGACAGUAGCGAUAAACACUACCACAGCCGAUAGUACUGCGGUACUGCCACGACCUGUGCGUCGAGUUCUUCAAAACUUUCUUCUUGUAUGGCUUGAUGCAAAUAUUGAUGAAUCCAACGAAAAUUUCAAGAAACCUUUGCAAUGUCUACGACGUAUUGUAUCAACAAUCACAACAUUUACAGACGUUGACGAGUGUAUUGAUUUUCUCAGUGGCAUUCAAAAUGAAAAAGUAUUUAUGAUCGUAGCUGGUGUACUCGGACGGCAAAUAAUACCAGAUAUUGAAGCAUGCCCACAAUUAGAAUCGAUUUAUGUUUUCUGUGAUAACCAAUCGAUUAAUGAACAAUGGACCAAAACAGUCCCUAAGGUAAAAGGUGUAUACACACAAAUCGAACCGAUUUGUGAAGCAUUACGAAUUGACCGUGAAAAUUGUGAUCGAGCUAUGAUCUCGAUUAGUUUUAAUGGUAUUGAUGCGUUGUUUAUGUAUACACAAUUGUUAAAAGAAACACUUUUGGACAUUGAAGACGACGAUGCAAAAUCUAUUAGAGAAUUUGUUGACUACUGUCGUCUUCAAGGUGAUAUUGAUGAAAAUCAUAUUGAUAAGUUCGAACGAGAAUAUCGUCUUCAUACACCCAUUUGGUGGUACACGGGUCCAUAUUUUAUCUACUCGAUGCUCAAUCGUGCUUUACGAUUAAUGGACGUCGAUAUUAUACUCAAAAUGGGGUUCUUUAUUCGACAUUUACAUCAACAUAUUGAGACUCUACAUCGUGAACAACAAUCCACUAACACAAUGACGAGUACUUUAUUUCAAGUUUUUCGAGGUCAAGGUUUAUCAAUCGAAAACUUUGAAAAAAUGAAACGAACAAAAGGUGGAUUGAUGUCUUUCAACAAUUUUCUUUCAACAAGUUGCAACAGAAAUGUUUCUCUCGAAGUGUUUGCACGACCGGCGGCAUUCGCUGGUCCUCAUUCAGUUGGCAUACUCUUUGUUAUGACCAUCAAUGCAACAUCAUGCAAAAAAUCAUCAAUUGCUUUUGUCGACGUUAACAAACAUGGGUACUACAAAGAUCAAGAAGAAGAAAUUCUUUUUUCAACACACACCAUUUUUCGUAUCGAUCGAAUGGAACAAAUCAACGACUAUCAUACUGAUCGGCUAUGGGAAGUUAAUCUUACCCUUACAGUGUAUGAUAAUAUGGGUGAGUACUCGAAAGCACUUUCAUGCUACGAACGUUCGCUUGAAAUUCGUAAAAUGGCUCUUCCUUCGAAUCACCCCGACUUGGCUGCUUCUUAUAACAACAUCGGUAUGGUGCUUGAUAAUAUGGGCGAAUACUCGAAAGCACUUACAUGGUACGGACGAGCACUUGAAGUCCAAAAAGCAACUCUCUCUCCAAAUCAUCCUGACUUAGCUACUUCUUACGAGAACAUCGGUGUGGUUCUUGAUAACAUGGGACAAUACGUGGAAGCACUGUCAUCGUAUGAACGAGCACUUGAAAUUCGAAAAAUAGGUCGCCCUUCAAAUCAUCCCGACUUGGCUGACUCCUACAACAAUAUUGGUCUGGUAUAUAAUAACAUGGGCGAGUACUUGAAAGCACUUUCAUCUUACCAACGAUCACUUGAUAUCCGAAAAGUAGCUCUCCCUCCGAAUCAUCCCGACUUGGCUACUUCCUAUAACAACAUUGGUGUAGUGUUUAAAAACAUGGGCGAGUACGACAAAGCACUUUCGUUGUACGAGCAAUCACUUGAAAUCCGGAAAGUAGCACUACCUUCGAAUCAUCUGGACUUCGCUCAAUCGUAUAACAACAUUGGUUCAGUCUAUAAAUGUAUGGACGAGUAUUUGAAAGCACUUUCAUAUUAUGAAAAAGACCUGGAAGUCAGCCAGAAAGCACUUGCUAAGAAUCAUCCGGACUUGGGUAAAUCUUACAACAACAUCGGUGAAGUCUAUGAUAAAAUGGGCGAGUACUCGAAGGCACUUUCAUAUUACGAACGAGCACUUGAAGUCUGGAAAAUAGCUCUCCCUCCGACUCAUCCACAUAUUACAGUUGUCAAUGGAAACAUUGAAAAUAUAAAAAAGAGAUUAUAA